AUGAAGUUGACUUUCAAGGAUUUGAAGCAACAGAAGUUCGUCAUCGAGGCUGAACCUACUGAACUUAUCUCUGAGAUUAAGGAGAAGAUCUCACAGGAGAAAGGAUGGGAGGUAUCGCAACAAAAGUUGAUCUAUUCUGGUAAGAUUCUACAAGAUGCGAACACAGUAGAGUCCUAUCACAUCGAGGAGAAGGGAUUCAUCGUCUGCAUGGUCUCAAAGCCCAAGGCUGCACCAGUUGCGUCCUCGUCUGCGCCUAAAGCUCCAUCAACUCCGGUUCCAGCCACAGCUGCUACCCCCGCUCCACCUGCCGCGCCCGCACAUUCUUCGAGUACUGCAAACAUCGCUGUUCCAGCUACACCUUCUCCUGCUGGUGCCUCGGUCCCAUCUGUUCAAGCCACACCAUCAAAUGAAACUACUGGUCUUGCGAUGGGAGCUGACCGCUCAGCACAAAUCGCCGAAAUGGAGGCUAUGGGCUUCGAGAGAUCACAAAUCGAUUUGGCUAUGCGUGCCGCUUUCUACAACUCGGAGCGUGCCAUCGAAUACUUGUUGACUGGAAUUCCAGAAAACCUUCUCCAAGAACAACGACAAGCUGCACCUGCCGCACCUGCUGCCGGUCAAGCUUCUUCCCCCCCUGCUGCUGGCGGUGAGGAUGAUCCAGUCGAUCUCUUCGCAGCAGCUGCUAACGCUGGUAAUCGCGGAGGAGCUGCUCGUGGAGGAGCUGGGGCUGGAGCCGGUAUAUUGGGCGAUGCGGGAGUUGGAGCUGUAGCUGGUGGACUCGGCAGCCUCGAGUUUCUCCGAAACAACCCCCAAUUCCAGCAACUUCGACAAGUCGUUCAACAACAACCUCAGAUGCUCGAACCAAUCCUUCAACAGGUCGGAGCUGGUAACCCACAGUUGGCAACUUUGAUCAGUCAACACCCAGAGCAAUUCUUACAACUUUUGAGUGAGAAUGCCGAUGACGAUGCGCCACUUCCACCAGGAGCACAGGCUAUUGAGGUUUCGCCAGAGGAACGUGAAGCUAUUGAGAGAUUAUGUCGUCUUGGUUUCAACAGAGAUCAAGCAAUUCAAGCUUACUUUGCGUGCGAUAAAAACGAAGAAUUGGCGGCAAACUUUCUCUUCGAGCAACCGGAGGAUGAGGAAUAG